CCCUACUUUCAAUAUGGCGUUCAUUUCACAUUUUGUUCUCUGCUGAAUAUUUAAUUUAAACGAAACUUGGAGCCGCCGCUCGAUUUGGUUGUUUGUGAAUUGUUUCCAAAACAAUGGAGGAAACAUGCAGAGUUUGCAUGGCAAAGUCCGGAGCAUUCACAAACACAUUCGACGAGGGGCAGAACAGGGAAACUUGCAGUGCUGACAUGAUAGCUCAGGUUAUCGGGUACGUGGUGGGGCGAGGCGAUUCGCUGCCAGAACACAUCUGCCCACCUUGCCUGGAGGAUGCAGAGAGUGCGUUCAACCUGAUGGAGGAGGAGGCGGAUAAAGAGGAAGAUCCAGCGAAUGUUCGUAGUCUCGAACACGAACGACCGUACAAGUGUUCUGGCUGCUCGAAGUCUUUUUCCCAUAGAAGAUCUCUCGGGCGUCACUUCCGGACGCACACAGGGGAGCGACCCUACCCAUGCACCCAGUGCUCGUCUUCGUUUUACCGAAAUUCCGAUCUCAAGGUGCACACUCGUGUACACACGGGAGAGCGACCGUUUAAAUGCGAUCAGUGUGAAAUGAAGUUUAGUCAAUCCGGAAAUCUUCGGAGACACAAAUUCCGUGCUCACGCGGAAGAAUGAUCCAACGAAUGAAAUUUUUCAAUAUGAAAUAAAGUUCAAUGAAGUUCCCGUACAC